AUGAAAGUAUCCGUGUUGGUGCUAGCACUUCUACUUUUCGUAGCAAUAUCUAACGCUCGGCCAAAUCUAAGCCAAUCUGAUUCUUCUAUUUUCGAAGAUGAAAAAGAAGAAGAGUCUGGUUAUGUUGAAAGAAACCAAGAAUAUGACGGAAGAAGAAGAAGGACAAGACAUUCACGUCAAAUUUUUUAUGGGUACGACUAUCCAUGGCCUUCGUCUUAUGAGAGUCAUAAAAACCUAAGGCUUUUGGAAGAGAUUCUCUUUCAAGUAAAAAAACUUACCGAAGAGGUUUCAGGUUCUUUGAAAAGGCAACAGGCUGGAUAUACUCCACCUCAACCCAUUUACAUUCCAUACCCUGUUUAUAUACCAGCUUUAGGCUCAAAAUGCUUCGACGGUGUAAACAAUAACUUAAGCAAUGUGCCUGAUACUGAUUCUAGAUUUCCUGUGAUUUUUGAUAAAAACCAAAUAUGGGGAAUCGAUCAAGGAGAAAAUACUGUUGACAAUGAUGACUCCGAUGGAACAAGGCCAAUUUCUUUGGAGCCGGUUAACUCAAACCGACCGCAGGGCAGACCGAUACCUUCGGUUGAACACGGCAGUUCUCAAGCUGGGGAUGUAACAACUGCCGCCCCGACAUUAGCCAAGUCACCGGCACGGGAGCCCGGUAUUUGUGAAGCCGCUAUCCUUUCUUGCUGUAGAUUUAGAGAUUUGAAACAGAAAGAAUGUUUCACGGAAUAUGGCUGCGUUAAAACUUACUCUACAGGCGUUGCUUGCUCACCAAAAGCUAUCCAAGCUGUAAUUCAAAACUUUAAAAAUGCGUAUGCGCCUAGUUGA